GGGCCGGGCCGGGCGGAGCGGGGCCGGGCCUGGUGGGGGUGCGGGGGUCGGCGGUUCGAAGCCCGCCCGGGGCCGGGCUGGUCCGUCCGCUUGUCAGAAGUUUCCCCGGGCUCGUCUUUGCCGGUAAAAGCUAAUUAAAUAUUGCCUCUGUUGGCAGAGAAGUCCUGCACCUCUGCCCGCAUUCCUGAGAGCCCCUGGAGAGCUGCAGUAGGACAUCACACAAGCUCUUCUUUCAUACGUGCGUCUCCAUCUGCUGUCCUCAGCAGAUCUUCUGAAUUCGGCUCCUGAUUAAAGCUGGCAGAUAAUGGAAACAUUUCCUUGGCGAUGUCUCUGGGGCGACUCCUCCGACGUGCCUCUUCCAAAGCUUCCGACCUCCUGACCUUGAAUCCUGGUGGUGGCAGCAGUCCAGCUUCCAUACUUGAUGGGGAGAUUAUCUACUCUAAGAACAAUGUCUGCGUCCAUCCACCUGAGCUGCUACAAGGCAUCGGGGAGCAUCAUCCAGGCUAUUUGUGCUUGUACAUGGAGAAAGAUGAGCUACUUGGAACCACGCUUAUCCUUGCCUGGGUGCCGAACUCCCGCAUUCAGAGGCAGGAUGAAGAAGCCCUGCGGUACAUCACUCCUGAGAGCUCCCCUGUCCGUAAAGCUCCCCGCAAACGCGGCCGCCACACUCAGGGCUUCGGUGUUGUCCGGCAGGCUUCCCCCACCGAGCAGAGAGGGACAGUCAUCCUGAAAGGAGAAGACAUCUUGACUGUGUCACAGCUUGUGAAAGAUGUGGCUUACAUCAGCUCCCCCUCUUCAGAAGGGGAGAAGCUCUCCCAGUGCUGCCCAGCAGCAGACAGCACCCGCCGGUCCCCCCAGCCUGCCCGCAGUGACUCAGGAAUCCUAUCGACAAUCAGUUCUCAGGAGGAGCAGAACAGGUCGGAGCUGUCGGUGGAGGAAGGUCUGGACUGCAGGCCAGAGCCAGGGGAGGACGAGGGCUCCUUGGAGCUGUCUGCUGAUGAUGUGAGCAGGGACAGUACGUUUGACUCUGAUUCUGAUGCCUUCUCUUCCCCCUUCUGCCUCUCUCCCAUUAGCGAAGCCCUCGGGAAAAGCAGUAGUUCUGUGUUUCUGGAUAAUGAAAGCAGGGACACGUGUGACAAUCGCCUGACCUGCUCCACCAGCUCUGCCUCCAGCCUCGACACCAGUGCCCAGUUCCAGGAGAAUAAUGGGCCAACGCAGAGCACCAGAUGGGAUGAACAGCAGAAAGUAUUUGCCCUCGAGCAGGUCUGUGGUGUCUUCAGAGUGGACCUGGGACAAAUGAGAUCCCUUCGCCUCUUCUUUAGUGAUGAGGCAUGCACCUGUGGACAACUGGUUGUUGCCAGCAGGGAGAGCCAAUACAAGAUCUUCCAUUUUCACCAUGGUGGCCUGGAUAAACUGUCCGAGGUGUUUCAGCAAUGGAAGUACUGCACAGAGACCCAUCUCAAGGACCAGCAGCUUACCGAUGAGAAAACCUGUAUGCAGUUCUCCAUCCGCCGUCCCAAGCUGCCCUCCUCGGAGACCCACCCCGAGGAGAACACGUACAAGCGUCUGGAUGUGUCUGCCUGGCUCCACCACCUGAACGAAGCCGGGCAGGUGGAAGAGGAGUACAAGCUGCAGAAGGCCAUUUUCUUUGGCGGGAUUGAUAUUUCCAUCCGUGGGGAGGUGUGGCCCUUUCUGCUGCACUACUACAGCUACGAGUCCACCUCUGAAGAGAGGGAGGCACUGAGGCUGCAGAAGAGGAAAGAGUACUUUGAGAUCCAGGAGAAAAGGCUUUCAAUGACUCCAGAUGAACAGAAGGAUUUUUGGCGUAAAGUACAGUUCACAGUAGAUAAAGACGUCGUGAGGACUGACCGCAGCAAUCAGUUCUUUCGAGGGGAGAACAACCCGAACGUGGAAACUAUGAGGAGGAUUUUGCUGAACUAUGCAGUAUUUAACCCAACAAUUGGAUACUCCCAGGGGAUGUCCGACCUGGUUGCCCCGCUCCUGGCAGAGGUCCUAGAUGAGUCGGAUACUUUCUGGUGCUUUGUAGGAUUGAUGCAGAACACAAUCUUCAUCAGCUCACCCCGGGAUGAGGAUAUGGAGAAACAGCUGAUGUACCUGCGAGAGCUGCUGCGGCUCAUGCACCCGCGCUUCUACCAGCACCUUUCUUCCUUGGGAGAGGAUGGCCUGCAAAUGCUUUUCUGUCACCGUUGGAUCCUCCUCUGUUUUAAACGUGAAUUUCCAGAUGCUGAGGCUUUGCGCAUGUGGGAAGCGUGCUGGGCUCACUAUCAGACCGACUAUUUCCACCUCUUUAUCUGUGUGGCCAUCGUGGUGAUUUAUGGGGAUGACGUCAUUGAACAACAGCUGGCCACUGACCAGAUGCUGCUGCAUUUCGGCAACCUGGCUAUGCACAUGAAUGGAGAACUUGUACUCAGGAAGGCGAGGAGUCUGCUCUAUCAGUUCCACCUGCUGCCCCGCAUCCCCUGCAGCCUGCAUGACCUCUGCAAGCUGUGUGGGACAGGAAUGUGGGACAGUGGCUUCAUCCCCGCUGUGGAGUGCUCUGGCCAUCACCCAGAGUGCGAGAGCUGCCCGUACGGGGGACUGGCGGAAGUGUCUUCUCCUAAACCAGGAAGCGAAGGCAAGAGAGGCUUGAAAACACGGGACGUCUUUGCUUUCCGAAAAUAGCUGGAGAGGAACAGGGUGUGACGGCGGAUGAGGGAAGGACAGGAAGGAUGUGCCUAGGAAAAAAUGUUGAAGACAAAAAUGGAGGGAUAGCUUGUCAAGACUCCUGAGAAGACUGGAAGGUGGAGAAUGGACAAGGAAUGAAAUCAUUCUACAGGGAAAGCAAAUUCCAGUGCUCUGUUGGUGGAGCCUGAACAAAAUGCAUCAAACCAGGGACAGUGUUUGCACGUGCUUGGAUUUGAUUUUGUUAGAAACAUAAAGCUUUUCUAGGUCUUAACAAAGACUUUUUAUUCUGCCUCUGGGAUUGGACUGGUUAGCAACCAGAACUUUGUUACUUGCUGAUGAGAAAUGAGAACACAAGAGAGAGCCAAGCGCGACCAGCAGCGUUUGUGGGUUGGGUGGAAGGAGCAGAGCUGUGGCAAGGCCUCUCUCUGCGAUGUCCCUUCAUCCAGAGCAUUCCACACACACGCACUCUCUGCUUCAACCAAAACAUGCAGCACAGCGGCUUCUCUCUAAAGCCAUAAAGACCAUUUUAAUUAUAAUCUGCCAAAAAUAAACCUGCAGACUAUUGGGACUGCAGGGAAGGUGUCUGCUUUGUUGGUGAGGAAGAACUGGUCACCUGAAGGUCUCGUCUCUCGCCUUUUCUUUUUUCAUACGAUAUACUGACUGGCAUGAUUUUUUUUCCAUUUGUACAGAAAUUGUACAGCCGCAGAUCUUAAAGCACUGCUUUUCUGUAGUCAGGGUAUUUCACAGACACCUUUCAAAAUGUACUUCUUCACAACAGUGCAGCAAAGCUGUUUCUUUAUGCUGACAACUACAGACUUCAGACACUCGUUUAUGGAAGUCUGUUGUUUCCAGUAUGUUUCCCGAUGUAUUUCCUUUGGCUCUUCUCAAUUCCUGAGUAUUUACUGUCCCCACCUGUCUUUGCCGCAGGCUGUAGCACACGCGCUCCAAGAGGGCCCUAAGCUCCUCGGCUGGUGCCGCUGGUGCACCCUCUUCCCCGUCCCAAAGUGAAAGUGAAACUUGGUUUGUUGCAGUCAUUUUUGCUGAGCUCCGUCUCUGGUAAAGGUUUCCCUUGAAGUAUUUUUGAAAGGACAUCAUGUUUCCCCUCUUGUCUUCUGUAAAAUUUGCCAACUAGAAGUGGAGCUGGGGCCUUGAGCACAGCCACGUUGCCAAAUGUCCUUACCCAAUUCAGUGGCAUCCAAAGGUGUGUCCUGAGCCAGCGUUUGUGCCAAACAGAGCCAGGGGAAUAGUUUCCUUGUAAGAGUGAAAAAGGAGAUGAGGUGGCAGUGGGUUGUACCGGCUUUGCCCAUCCCUCUGCAUGGCGUAUGAAGUCUUGCAGCCUUUCCUGGUUGUCUUGCUCCCUCUCACUUCAACCGCUGCUUCUCUCGUACAACUCUGUCUUGGUCUGGCGGGGGGGACUCAGCUUUGGCUGUCAGGCAUGUUUGUCCCGUUAGCAGCACGUGUGGAAAUCCCCGUAUCCUCGCACGUAGGGCCGCAGCGGGUACCUGCACCUGACAAGCAAAUGUCUCUACAAACCUUCCUGCAAGGCCUUACCCACAGCCUGUUGUGGAGCCCGCGCGCCCCACACCUGCUGGGAAGGGAGGCUGGCAACUGGGAUGCUUCGUGUGAAACCAGCACAAACCAAGUCCACGCUGCUUUCGGAAGGGGAAAAAGACUUGACUCUACACAGGCACCGUGCCAAAGAGUGGCUGUUGCAUGGCAGAAGGAUGGUUUGGCUCCUGAUUUGCGUGCCUUUAAUUCGGAGGAUGAAAACCUUCCCCUUGAUGAGAGCAAUGGUGAAACCUACUGCAGUACCGCACACCUCCUGGCAGCCCGGCUUCCAGAGGUCCUGAGGCUGCAGGUGCCUGCUGGGCUUGUAGGAGGUGACACCUCGUGUAAGGGCUGGUGGCUGCUUUGCCGUGAACCAGGGAGUUCUUUGAGAUUUAUGAUGUUUCAGUGAAUAAUAAAAGUUCGUGUGAGGCAUUUGUGUGGUACAUUGCUGUACAGGCUGGGGCUGUACCUUACAGUCGGGGGCCAGCACUUGGCCAAACACUGUCCCCACAGCCUGAGCCGCUCCUUUUGCAGCUCUACGAGAGGUGUGUUGGGUGCUGGGGCUGCGUUUCCCUGACUCCAGCCUGGGGCUGUGCGGCAGCACUCGAUGUAUUCAUCCAGAAGUGAGCUUUCAGUGCCAGUGGCUGAAUUAGGGUCUGAAAAACCACAUCAGAAAAAGCUGGAAGCAUCUUCCUGCAGAGCGGCUCGGUGGCAGGCGAGCAGGUGCCAGCUCCUCACGGGGACAGGCACCCACCUGGGGACGGGCAUCACCGCCAGCCCUUCGCCUCACCGCGAGUCAUCCGCCAGCGCCAGAGCGGCCGGGAGCCUCCCCAGGAGCCUCCCCGGGAGCGCUGCCCGAGGAGCCGCAGUGCGUGGGCAGCUCGGUCGGGCUCUGCGGGCCGGGCACGGGGCGGGCAGCCCCUGCCAGGGCUCUCGGCUGCUGGCAGUGGGCUGGGAGGCACCGGCAAACACCGACCAGAAGAUCCGGAGCUGGUUUUGCUGCAGCAGUCAUUCCCAGCCAGUAGAAGACAAUGGGAAGAGAUGAAGUAGAUAAUUUUUAGCAUUAUUUUUCCACUAUUAAAAUGUCAUUCAGCAAUGUGGAAAUCACUCAGGGUUUGUUUAGUUAAAGACUCUGCGCUGCAGUUUUCCAACAUGUGGAAAAAGCUGGUUUUUUCUGUUUGAAGCAGUGUUCAGCUGCGUGGGAGCCCAUCGCCGGGACCAGCGUGCCACCCCUCGGCCAGCUCACCUGUGCCUGGUGUCCCCUGCGGGUCCCACUGCCAGCGGGAGAUUUCAGGUGUCUUUCUACUACUGCUGACCGUCCCCGAGCUCCUGUCACACGCUGAGCUCCACUUCGCAACAAGCAAAGAAACAGAGACAGAGCUGAUGACCCGGCUGCUCCCUGUUUACCAGCAGCCAUCACGUCCCAGGUGACUUGGUUCCAGUCUCAGCCUGUUCGUUAACUCCCGAUGCCAUUAUUAAAUCCACACUGGAUAUUCACAAAGUUCUGAGCUUGUGGGACGUGCGGGAACAGGAGGGUGUGUGGAGCCGACCUGGAGCCCUCUGGCUGCAUCUCGGGUAGGGUCAGGAGCAACCUUGGGAUUCCUCGGUAGUGAAAGGCAGGCAACGAGUCAAGCGUUGGACAGGGCAGCAGGUUUCCGAGGUCCCUCUGACCUGUCCCCAAGGUCGCCUUUUCCUUUGUGAUGCUCUUUGCCAUCUGAAAAAAAAAACAAACAAGGAACAAAAAAGAAGCAAGGCUUCUGGCCCCGGCAGAGGAGUAAAGUGGAUCCUAGAAACAAUGACCCUCAUGUGGCUUCUCUCCUGAAUCGCUGCCCUGUUCAUUGAAUUAGCUGCAGCUGAGCAGCCAAAAAUAGACUCUCGCAAAGGUAAAUAGUCAGCAUAAGCCUCUUUAGACUCAGC